GGAAAAUCGCACGUUAGUAUUUUGUGCCGCGCGAAACUAGAUGGUGGUCGAAAGAGUUUAAGCGGAAAAAGUGUUUCACUGUUGUGCGUGGAGCGAAUAUUCGAUAAAGCUAUUUGAAAAAGUAUGCACUAAUAAAAAUAAACUUCGAGAAAAAAAUCACAAAUAAAAACUGGAAAAGUUCUUGGAAAUUUAAUUAUAAAAUCUAACAAAAAUGGCAGCAACGUCAACGAUCAAGAAGUUCACAUUUGCAUUUGAUGUUAUUUGCGCGCUGCUUGCUUUGGUGCUCAUAGCCUUCGGCAUUUUUGUGCUAUGUUCCUACGAUGUAAGUGAAGUCGGUGCCAUGGCUGCCUAUGCCUACAUAGGAUUAGGCGUAGCCACAGUUGUAAUAUUCCUAUUGGGGCUAUUGGGUGCAGUACGCGAAAGCGUUUGUUGUACAGUGACGUUUAUUACACUGCUCUGGAUUGUGAUAAUCGCCCAAAUAGCUGUCGCAUUUCUUUUAAUAAAAGGUGAAAGUACUGUAGCUUCGCAUCUCUCGAAUGCCGUGGACAAGGCGUGGGAGGAAGAGCUGACAAGCCCUGGUGCAAUGUCGCAAUAUGAGAAUUGGUUUGAAUGCUGCGGACGCGCCAGUCCCCACGAUUACAUUGUCAACGAUCGCUUGCCGCCCAGCACCUGCUUCAAGCAGAACGACGCAACGAAGAGUGAGAAUCUUAUUGCCACCGGUUGUCGCAUACAGUUUGAGAACUACUGGCUCAGCUUGUUGCGUGUCUUCAAUAUAAUCGCCUGUGUAAUGAUUGCUUUAGAGUUAAUUGGUAGCGUGGUCUCAUGCUGUCUAUGCAACAGUAUACGCAACGAUCAUAGGCGUUCUUUUUAUUGAAAGGAUUCGCGAGAGGAGACAAAUUGCUCACUAAACUAACAGCAGCUUUUUAUAUGUUUUAUAAAAACAUUUGUAUUUUUUUUUUUUAGUUUUAAUAAAAAAUAGUUGUAUGUGAUUUUCAUAAGUAUGAAUUAUAUCUAAGAUAUAACAAAACUUAUUCUAAGCUAUCCGAUGUGGAAAGUUUGCAUUCAAAUUUAAUGAAUACAUAUUUUCCCAGCAGUCAAGAAGAUAAAUUUGGUUUAUAAAUGAAAAAAGCUUGAAAUAGGUGGUGAUUUUUGGAAAUUCAUUACUUGCCUUGUUGCCGUUGAUGCUAAUUCAGAUGAUUCUAAAGAUUAAACUUCAAAUUAGGAAUGAAUUAUGUAUAUUAAAAAAAUUAUCUAACUGAACAUUCAGAUUUAAUUAAAAAAAAAUUGCAUAAUGAAAACGCGAAUUAAAAAUUAAGCUGUUUUCAAAAAAAAAAUAUAUAUAUAUAAAAUAAAAAAUAUAUAUAUAACACUAUUUAUUUGCGCCGCCAUUGAAAUUGGUCCAUCGUCUACCAGGCUAUAUGAUAGAAAAAACUCCAGCAUUUCAAAAAGCGUACGUUUAAAGUAUUUUAAAGCUCAAAAUAGCAAUAAAGAAAUUUUUACUUUCAUUAAAACAACAACCAGUAUACUCUCCAUAUGCGUGUAUACAUAUAUAUAUGUAUAUGCGAAAGUUGGUGCCUUUGAAGAGCCUCUCCAGAUUGCUUUUAAAUAAGAAAAUUUCGAAUCGACUAAAAUUGAAAUAAAAAAUCGAUUUUUAUGACCUGAAGAAAAAUUAGUAAUAUCGUUAUUUUGUGAUCUAAAAAUCCUUAUUUUGCAUUUAUUUUGAGAUAUAAGUUUUCGACCGUGAAGGAUCAUAUUUAAAUCAGUCAUCAGAAUGCAAAUAUUAUCGAAAAGAAAUGUAUCUGAAUUGUGAUCUAAAAAUACUUAUGCAUUUUUUUAAAUUAUAACCGUUACUUUGAGAUAUAAAAUUUCGCUUCGGAAGCAUCAUAGGGCAGUCAUUAGAAUACAAAUAUUAUCGGAAAAAUUUAUCUUAACUAUUACUAUUAAAAAUUAUCGAAGGAACCACAAUUCAAAUUAGCGAUUACUUGUGGCCCAUGAAUGCAUGCAUACAGGAAAAUAACCAUUACGUACCAUGAUUUUUAUUUUUUAGAGCACUGUAAAAUCGUAGGUAUUUUUGUGAUCCUAAUUUCUAAAAUAAAUAUAGCUAGCGAAAUUGUUUUCUUUUUUUUUUGUUAAUCAUUGCACUCUGGUUAUUUUACGAUCUUUAAAGUACGGUCAGACGUUGCAAUGAAAGCAGUUUCUUAACGCAGAAAAUUUGAAAAUGAAAUACCGCUUACCAGUACCAACAUUUCGCUUGUGCUGCACUAGGAAUUUUACAUUCUGUAAAAAUGCUGACAAGUCAAGUCGGUGUUGCUGCGUGCAAUAUGUUUUCGCCAGUCAAAAAAUCACCUCAUGUAAAGGCAGCUUUAGAUUGGCCCGUUUUGCAUUAAUAACGACGAUGAAUUUUAAUGGCUGUCCGUUUUAUUUAAAUGAAAGUUUUUAAAUUAUUCUUAAUUGACGAUAGCCGAUUUAAUAUAUACAGUCAGCGUCAAAAAUAUGAAAUAUUUUCCAUACCAAAAUUUUCUUUUUUUUUU